CUAUUGCUAUUAUGAAGCCCCCUGAAAGCGCAUCGUCGGUAACCCGGCAGAUGACAUAUCGGCUUUUUUACGGAGGGAACUGUCCCCAGGGGUCUUCGCCGACAUGCUGAACCAUCUAUGGUUUGCCGGCGUAAAGCGUCCCGCCACGCCGCUGCACUUUCAUGUCGCUAUGGGCUGAGAGAUCGCCGUCGCUGACCGGAUGGACCUUCACCUCCUUUGGGCCAAGGAGGGGAGGCUCUUCGUCAAGCCUAUCCCACGCUUUCUUCUUGAUCCGGCCUUUUGCCAGAGACACCUACAGUGUCCUGGCGAUUGUACUUGCCGCGAUCCUCCAGGGGAUACGUGUUGGGGGACUCCGCGGAAAGUUGCCCUUGGCUUCCUCUAUACAUACGUCUGUCUUAUAUCGUCGGAGAGUGACUUCCACGUCGCCAACGAAAAGCGCCUCUUGCCUCGCGGGGAAGACGACUCGCCAAUUGAAUGGGCAAACUGGAAGACUCUCGCCAGAGCGCUCCUCCGUACGUAUGAGCGUGACCCAGCCGCAGUCCACCCGCGCUUUCUACGUGCCGAGCUCCGCCUCUCCCGCAUCAACGCUAUCCACCGCUUCACCCGGCUCCCGCCCUUCGAACCCUACCUUCGCGGUCGGCACAACUACAGUAGCCUCUUCCGCGACAACCUCGCUUGGAUGGCCGCCGGUACCGUCUUCGUCGCUCUGGUGCUGACCGCGAUGCAGGUCGGCCUCGCCACGGAGCGUCUCCGGGGGAACGCUGCCUUCCAGCUGGCGUCGUACGGCUUCACCAUCUUUGCCAUCCUAGGCCCCAUGUGCGCGUUCGGCCUGGUGGUACUAGGCGCGCUGUUCAAUCUCCUUAAGGAUCUGCCGUCGCUUCUUGGGGGGCAGCGCAACCGCAUGACCACUUAUCCGCACUACGUCUAGCGCUAGAAGCGAGAAGGUACUUACUGAAUGGACUUCAAAGAGCCAGAGUGGGGAAAUAGGAUACCGCAGUCACAUAUUAGAGGCCGGAUUUUAUAGGGUAGUGUCUAUAAACCAGAUUAUGGGCAGACUGCUCCCGCUUUUCACGGCCUCCGGUCCAGCCCACAGAGUCUUUGUUGCGUCCAGGUUACCCGGACUGUUGGGAGGAGUGAAGAAGCAGCGUUGAUGCAAGCUGAGCUGGGAUUCGCCCUUUUUUACCUAUAACGUACUUGCCUAGCGAGUUGGCCAGCAUAGCGAGUGGGCCACUUUUCUCUGACCUCGAUUACUUUGUAUAAGUCAGUUCUACCACAACGCCCUUCAUUAAUUAGAAUUACUCGAAAACGCUAUCCUCAGACGUCUCUCUAACUACUUGACAAGUUCGCGCAUUAUGG